AUUGGACACAACUACUUGUACUAUACUGCACUUAUCCUUACCCCCGAGCUGGCUUGGAAAUUUCAACUUGAAGUUGAGGUACCUUUUUGAAGGUACAAAAGGUGAAAUAAGUAGAUAAGGUACCUACUGGAUACUUGGUACCUAAACUUGGCUCAAGUUCAUCCGAAAAUCUGGCGCAUCUACGCUCGGCAGUACUUAAGGGGUUGGGUCGGGCACAUCUCUGGAAGAGUUCCGACAUCAUGUCCCCGCCUAAGAUACUCAACCCCUCUGCAGCAACAACGUCACCAGCAGCGUCCCGGUUGUCGCAGCUUUCCUACCACUUGAGUAGCUCAUCUCAUUCCAACUCGACAUCUACUACAUCUUCUUCAACUAGCUCGGAUAACAGCAACAAACAUUCCAAAAUGUCUUCUCAGCCUGAGCAUCCCACCUUGCUCAUUCCCGGACCAAUCGAGUUUGAUGAUGCUGUCCUCCAGUCCAUGAGCCAUUACAGCGAGAGCCAUGUUGGCCCGGCUUUUGUCAAUGUUUUUGGCGAAACCUUGACCCUCCUCCGCAAACUGUUCCAGACGACGGAUUCAGGCUCACAGCCAUUUGUCAUCUCAGGGUCUGGCACCCUCGGAUGGGACUUGGUUUCUGCCAACCUUGUCGAAGCCGGCGAGGAUGUACUUGUUCUUGGCACUGGCUACUUCAGUGAUGCUUUUGCCGACUGCCUUCGAACAUACGGCGCUAGCGUAACGGAGCUCAAGGCCCCCGUUGGAUCCAGGCCCCAACUGCCCGAGAUUGAGAAGGCUCUUGGUGCCAAGAAGUACAAGGUCCUCACUGUCACGCACGUCGACACCUCAACCGGUGUGCUCAGCGAGCUCAAGGAUCUCAGCGCAAUGGUGCACAAGGUCUCUCCUGAGACCCUCAUCAUCGUUGAUGGCGUGUGCAGUGUGGCUUCUGAGGAGAUUGCAUUUGAUGAGUGGGGUCUAGAUGGUGUGAUCACUGCCAGUCAAAAGGCUAUCGGCUGUCCGGCUGGUCUCUCGAUUUCAAUGUUCAGCUCAAGGGCUAUCAAGGCAUUUGAGGCUAGGAAAACUCCUCCUGCUUCCUACUUUGCAUCCAUGAAGAACUGGCUACCAAUCAUGCGUAACUACGAGGCCAAGAAGCCAUCAUACUUUGCGACCCCGUCGCCUCAGCUCAUCCACGCCCUCCACACUGCCCUGACCCAGAUUAUGUCCAGGCCACUUGCUGAGCGCUUCGCUAAGCACAAGGAGGCUUCAAGCAAGAUCAAGAAGGCUAUCGCCGACCUUGGCCUUAAGCAGGUUGCCUCCAACCCUGCGGACCAGGCCAAUGGCAUGACGGCGGUUUACCUCCCUGAAACCGUGAAGCCGACAGACAUCUUGCCGAAGCUGUUCAGCAAAGGAGUUAUAUUUGCCGGUGGCAUCCACAAGGAGAUCGCCCCCAAGUAUAUCAGAUUCGGCCACAUGGGCAUCAGCGUGUUGAACCCGGAGAGGGGCGAUCUUGAUCGUGCCAUCAAGGCUCUCGAGUCUGGACUGUCGGAGUGCGGUUACCAAAAAGUAUAGACACACAUAGGAACGCGGGCAAAAUUGUGUAACAUCCAGUCAGUUGUAUAGAAAGAUUUAAAUACAGGAAAUACAGUUGUCACAGAAAUUACCCAUCGA